UCUGCAGGCCUCCUGCCUCUGCGGUUCUGCCCCCUGCAUCCUGUGUGCCUGCUGCCCCUCCAGCCGCAACUCCACCGUGAGCCGCCUGGUCUUCACUGGCUUCCUCCUCCUGGGGGUGCUGGUGUCCAUCAUUAUGCUGAGCCCGGGCGUGGAGAGCCAGCUCCAUAAGCUGCCCUGGGUGUGCGAGGGGGCCGAGAACACCGGCAUUCUGCAGGGCCACAUCGACUGCGGCUCCCUGCUGGGCUUCCGAGCCGUGUACCGCAUGUGCUUUGCCACAGCCGCCUUCUUCUUCCUCUUCACCUUGCUUAUGGUCUGCGUGCGUAGCAGCCAGGACCCCCGCGCUGCCAUCCAGAAUGGGUUUUGGUUCUUUAAGUUCCUGAUCUUUGUGGGCAUCACCGUGGGUGCCUUCUACAUUCCUGAUGGCUCCUUCUCCAAGAUCUGGUUCUACUUCGGCGUUGUGGGCUCCUUCCUCUUCAUCCUCAUCCAGCUGCUGCUGCUGAUCGACUUUGCGCACUCCUGGAACCAGCGGUGGCUGGGCAAGGCCGAGGAGUGUGACUCCCGCGCCUGGUAUGCAGGCCUCUUCUUCUUCACCCUGCUCUUCUAUGCGCUCUCCAUCGCGGCCGUGGCCCUGCUCUUCGUCUACUACACCCACCCUGGCGCCUGCCACGAGGGCAAGAUCUUCAUCAGCCUCAACCUGGUCUUCUGUGUGUGUGUCUCCAUCGUCGCUGUGCUGCCCAAGGUCCAGGAAGCCCAGCCCAACUCAGGUCUGCUGCAGGCCUCGGUCGUCACACUCUACACCAUGUUUGUCACCUGGUUGGCCCUGUCCAAUGUCCCUGACCAGGAAUGUAACCCGCACUUGCUGACCCAGCUCGGCAACGAGACUGUGCUGGCCGGCCCCGAGGGCUAUGAGACCCAGUGGUGGGACGCACCCAGCAUCGUGGGGCUGAUUGUCUUCAUCCUGUGCACCCUCUUCAUCAGUGUGCGCUCCUCCGACCACCGACAGGUGAACAGCCUGAUGCAGACCGAGGACUGCUCCAUCGCGCUGCAGACCACGCAGCAGCAGCAGCAGCAGGGGGCUGCCUGCGAGAACCAGGUUUUUGACAACGAGCAGGAAGGUGUCACCUACAGCUACUCUUUCUUCCACUUCUGCCUGGUGCUGGCCUCCCUGCACAUCAUGAUGACGCUCACCAACUGGUACAGGCCUGGGGAGACACACAAGAUGAUCAGCACAUGGACCGCUGUGUGGGUCAAGAUCUGUGCCAGCUGGGCGGGGCUGUUCCUCUACCUGUGGACCCUGGUGGCACCCCUGCUCCUGCCCAACCGCGACUUCAGCUGAGGCAGUCCCUACAGCCUGCCUACCUAGUGGUACCUUGGGCUCAUGACAGCCAAGUGCCCUCUCCCUGCACCCCAUCAGCCAAGCUGAGCUGCCCCCUCAGGACUGGCCUUCAAGCUGGGCCACCCAUACCCAGUGCCUUCAGGUCUGAGGGACAGCAGGCUGACCCGUGCCCUGCCUCCUGCCGCCCAGACCACAGAGCUGCCUCUUCUCUCCUUGCCUGGUCACCCACACGCCCGUCUUGGGAUGGAAGCCCCCCCAUCUCUGGAGGGGACUGGCAGAGAGGUACCCAGAGUCACACAGAGAGCAGCAAGCACUCUGGUGCCCAGCGCUGAGCCCGCUGUUCCCAGCCCAGCCCCUUCCUGGACUAUGUGCCUUAGCAAGUCUCUGAGACUUUGCCAAUAAACACAACUGAGCGUG